AUGAUUGCCCGAACGAAAUCGAUCAAGCACACUGCGCACGUCAGGAUAUAUUCCCAGAUAGCAAGUCUGAGGGAGAAAGAAGAUUUCGAACAUCAGACAGAUUUAGAAUAGUGAUUAUCGUUAACAUCAUGGUAACGGCGGUGGUGAGUGUAUUGAAGGCAGCAUCUGAAGAACUUUCUCGGGAAAACCUCUAUGGUGGUUGGGCAACGCUUAUCGUUCUGUUUAUUAUGUUUUUUCUUUGGCAGUUUGGAAGGUUCUUCUUCGCCUAUUGUUCUCCAUCCAAAUCCGUUUUGGUUUCAGAUUCUACGAGUUCCAAGUUCAGAAUAUCAGAAUUUGUGACAGAUGCAGAUUUGAAGUCUCUAAUGGAGAACUUGGAUGAGAAGUUCCAUGAAAAUGAUAAGUGGGAAACUGUCGUGGAUAAAAGUAACAAGAAUGUGUCCUACUAUGCAAAAUGCUGCAAACCAAAGGAUGGUCCUCUGAAGUACUUGAGCAUGACUAGAUUUAAUGAGGUUUCACCUGAGGUGCUAAGAGACUUCUACCUGGACAGUGAUUACAGAAAGCAGUGGGAUAAGACAGUGGUUGAACAUGAGCAACUGCAGGUGGACAAAUCUAGUGGUGUUGAAGUUGGCCGUACAAUUAAGAAGUUUCCUCUUUUGAGCCCUAGAGAAUAUGUACUGGCUUGGAAAUUGUGGGAGGGAAGGGAUAAAACAUUCUACUGUUUUAUUAAGGAAUGUCAGCAUCCUUUGGCACCAUGUCACAGAAAAUAUGUACGUGUUAAGUUUUUCAGAUCUGGCUGGCGAAUCAGAAAAGAACCUGGCAGAAAUGCCUGUGAAGUCAUGAUGUUUCAUCAAGAAGAUGCUGGUUUGAAUACGGAGGUGGCAAAACUGGCUUUUGCCAGGGGCAUUUGGAGUUUUGUGUGCAAGAUGGAUAAUGCACUCCGCAGGUAUUCUAGUCGAUCUAGUUCAGUUACCACUUCAGCCAACCUAAUGCAGAAGGUACCAGCUUGCUUAGAGACAAUUAAUGGAAAUGGACAUCCCACUAUACUCCAUGACCAUGCUACAGACGAGUCUCGCAAGAAGAUGAUAUUUAAAAAGCCAUCAAGAAAGUUCCUAGCCAACAGUCUGCUGCUCCUGGGGGGUGCAAUCUGCCUGUCUCGGGCCCACUCUAGCCUUGGCGCAAAAGUAGCCUUGGCUUACAUGUUAACAAAACUAGGCAAGCACAGCAAACACAAUGCUCAAUCAAACCAGAAUGAACAAAAUCAAGGUAGAUGACUUGAUGCACCAAAACUCAAAACUGAUAUCCGCUGCAAGGAGAGAAUAAUUUUGGAGGGCUUAACUAUAUGUGUAAAUAUUUUGACCUGAGAAUUACUUCAUAGCUUUUGUGGCUGACAGCUAUAAGUUGAUGAGUCCAACAUAUCAUUAUGAUCUUCUUUUUUUUUUUUCAAUAUUGUGUAUAUAUAUAUGUAUAUAUUAUAAUGCCGUGAGCAUAUUUGGUGUAAAUACUAUAGGUUGUUUCGGUGUUAUUUGAGAGUGAAUGUGGUUUGUGAUGAUGCCAUUAGCAUACCUGGUGUGCUUAAUGUAUUGCAGUAUUAGGGAUAUGCAGGCAAGACUAGGUAGAGUAUUAGGCCCUCAGAGAAGAUCAAUAGGGUGGCCAGACGAGUGAGUUGAAACCUUUUGGCAAGUUAACGUGGAUAAACUUGUGUCUAAUUUUCCCAAGUGUCCUGGUGUGCUUGCUUGGAGGUGCUUCUUGUAAUAAUUGGUCUCUUGAAUGGCUGUUCUUAGUUCUUACUCUAUUAUCAUUAAUGAAUGGAAUUGUAAUUGAAAUUUGGUGAUA